UAUUGUUUUUAGACAUCACUUUAAUCCUAUAACUUUCUCGUUACUUAUGAUAGUAGUAGUAUCUUUGUUCCUGAAUACACAAUUUCGUUUAGUAGACUAUCUUUGCGUUAUAGCCCAAAUCGACUGAGGAAGUCAAUUUACUAUCUUGCAUUUAUAACGUCAAUAUAUGCUUUAUUUAAAUCUUAGAUGAAAACCAUGUGUGAAAUAUUGGGAAUAGCUUUUCUCUUUGCAAAUAUGUUUCUUACUUUUGGACCAUAACGGUAACACAUUAGGCAUUUUCUUCAGCAAUAGAUCAUACACUCCUCAUUUGAUCGUAUAAAACUUAACGAAAGCCUUUGUCGUUUGCUCCAACCUAUCGUAGACUUUUUGUUACAUGUUCCGGUUAGUCCUAUGCGUCUCACCUGAAUAUUAUGGCACUUAAAUGUUCUGUUUUUGUGUUGACUUGCUUAGUUCAUAGGUGAAUAAUUAUAUAGGUGAUCAGUAAUAAAUCUGCUUACUCUAAGAGUUAUUUUUUUUUGGUUUGUUCUAUUUUUUUAACUACAUUCAUGGUCUAGGUUUUGGACACACUCCCUUUUGGAAAUGUAUUUUUUUACUACUCUAACACAUAUACGAUUAAAUGGAAUUUAAACUCAAAAUGAUUCUUUUCCAGUGUUGUUGCUAACGUUAAAACAGUAGCACAUGAAAAGUACAUUCAUAAUUGCUUGCUCCUUGUAUCCAUCAAUGAAUUUAAAAACUGUCGUCAGUAAUAUCUAUAUUUUGAAUACUUUCUUUGCAUCUUUUUACAUCUAUUCUUUGGGUAGUGUUUUACAGAGCAAGUAGUCGGAGGUGAAGCGAUCCAUAAUUUUUUUGCGUUUCAUAUUAGCUUUAAGCAUCACGUCCAACCUGGGGAAAGGACAUCAGGUAGGUAUCUGAAUAAUAAUACAAUGGAUUUCGACUACUCUUUUUUGUCCCAACAAAUUAAGGGCAAAGAUCCAUUUGAUGCUUUAUCAGAUAUUUGUACAAUGUUGUUUCUCACAGAGAUCCCGUUAAUUCCAAUAGGAGAUAUUGGCGCGAUUGUUUUACGUCUAUUGAAGGGACGUCCCAACGAUGGCGAUAUACUCGUCAUGGCUGCGCGAACUCUUGCCUUGAUACUAGAUAAGUUUUGCACUGUUAUCCAUACCUUCCGAAAUAAAACAAAGGGUGAAUUCUGCACAAGGAAUGUAUCUAUGGCGCUGGAAAAGGUGCUUGCCUGCAUGACUUCCUCGAAGAUAGCUCUACUAAAAUUCGAAAAGUUAACAGUGGAGGAACUGACGGAGGAGUCACUACGAUGCCUCACUUUAGCAAUUAGUUUGAAGAAGGAGGUGUGUGCGGUCCUUCCGCCGGAAAAAGCGCAGCUUGAGUUUUGUGCAUCCGUCCUGCGUGAUUCAAAGCGGCUGGCUUGCAAGGUGCUGCGCCACUGCUGCAUCCUUGCCCGUGGGGGCUAUCUAGCCGACGAUCAAAAUCGCGAAUACUUUCGAUCGAUGCUAAUUGACUCCCUUGUGGAGCUACAGGUUAUGGACGUUGAUAUUGAAUGGGAUGAGCUUCUGAGGGCGGUUACCGAGGGUAUCGUAACGAUGCGCGCUUGGUGUGGGUCCCUCACAGAGGGGAGAGCGGCGAAGCGGGUGCGGAACGGGCACACCUCUCGAAGGACGCCGCUCUCAGAAUUUUUACCUCGAAAAGAUGUAACGCAGUUGUACUUAAAGCUGUGUAGCCGUAUCUGCGUUGAUCUUUCUGCGAAUGAACGACGACGGCAGCUGGUACUUGCCUGUACCAACGCGGUAUCCUCCGCGCAUGAUCUUGGCUGUUUGACGAGUUUCUCUGAUUGGAGUAAUAUUUUGGAUCUUGUCAUGGAAAUCUUGCAACAAACGACUCAGGGAACUCUCAGGAUAAGCGAUCCUUUCGUUCGUCAAAAAAAAGCAGGGGACAACGCCUCGGAGGAUGAUACCUUCAAUUUACUUCCGAAUUUACAAUGGGAGCUUCCAGAUUUGUACUGGACGGCACUUAUUCUUGUGGCGAAGCUGUGCAAUAUGGAACCAAUUUUGGAUGAAAAGUAUGUGUGGGCAUGGCGUGGAUACAACGAUGACUUUUAUCGGUAUCAAACAAAGGAAAGCAUGACCCUGACAAAGGCGUUUUUUUCUGCAAAGCAAAACAUUACUUUAAAGAGGGGGGGGUGCACUAUAGACCUACUAAACAUGAGAGAGAUCGACAUUCAUAAGAAGCAUAUGAAAUGGGUUCAUUUUCAGUGCAUUCCCUACGCGUACCAAUACAAUAAUUUAUCCUUUAAAAACGUAGGGAGACUAAUUACGGAGCACCUCCGACAAUAUACCAAAUUUCCACAUCUAAAGAAAAUCCUACGAUCCUCGUCCUUUGGAAGUAACGAAGUUGCACAAUUAUGUAAAGUUAUUUACUUCCAUGUGGUAUGCCAUGAUAAGCCGUCGGACUCCGAGGAUGCCAAGCACACCUUCAGCAGCCUCAUUGCACAGCAGCCCGUGGACGUUUUGGAGGCCUUCUCAUCGCAACUCUUAUCACGAGAUGCGAUGUGGGCGCCGGUCCUUCUCGAAUCCGGUAUUGCCGAUGCCCUGACGAAGCUCCCUCUGCAACGCCCGGGGGGGCUCGCGAGCGCACGGCGGGAGGUCCUCGACCGAACUCGAGAGCUUCAGCGAUCUCCUUCUCAGGCCCACUCACCGGUUCCCCCCGUGGCGUCGCGUUCACCGCAUUUUAAAACCUCCCCCGUCGCGGAGGUGAUUCGUGAAACGAGCAUUCGGGUUUCGCUGCCGCCGCCGAGCCCUUCGGAUGUGGCGCUUCCGUGCUCGAUGACGGCGGUGAUCGAGUUUAUGGGGCGCGCCUCGUGCCGGGAGUUUAUGGAGUGGCUGAGAAGCCGCGACGACGCCGCGUCGAACCCCAGCGUCCUCGACGAUUCCGUCUACCCCGUCAUUGAGAAGUGGCUGGGCAGCAACCCGCGGGAUCGGGCGCGUGUUGGUGCCUUUUUAGCCACCUACACCUCUCAGGAGCUGCAGCGACUCUCGAUGGAAGGGAUGCAGCGGGGGCUCCUCACGGAGCUGGAUAAGGCGAAGCCCGUGAUGCUUUCCGUUUGCUCAGCCACACGGGAAAGCCGCUGCCCUCAUGGGCAUGCGCUGCGCGUUCACUUCAGCUCAAAUUGGUUUUGUGAUCAAUGCGGGCAGACGACGGCCUACGGCGCCUUAUCCUGCCGCCUGUGCGAUUACGAUUUAUGCUAUCAAUGUGGGGAGAUGCUCACGGGAUGCGUCAAAGCCAGCCCAACAUCCACCACCACAGAGCUGCUUUCCAGCUGGAAUCGAAUACAAGCUAACAGGAAGCAUCACUCGACGGAUGAUGAGGAGGCCUCCUCGCCUUCGAAGGAAAAGUCCGACCGUGCAAAGUUCCUCUACACGCGGCUCCGCGUUCUUCCCAUGUCGGCCCCAGUGAGCAGUUUACUUCGCGAUGAAGAAGGCAUUCAUGCGGGGUCGUCGUACGCGGUCUGUCGCUGUGGGGUGGAGGUGCCUAGCUUUUACGUCCGAAGGCGUUUUCCCAAGGACAGCGAACCCUCCUCCGAGCGAGGUGAGCUUCACAACACGACGUACUGGCGGAUUCUGUCGAUGUGCCGCGAGGAAGUUUCCCAGGAUCCAAGCGUCACGCACGCCUUGAUUGAGGCUGUGGAAUCCUAUGCGACGGAUAUCUUUUUUAAUGGUGUCGAGGGCCUACCGGAUCGUUUGCGCAUGAUCAUGAGCUAUUUGGCGCCUUUUCUCCCUCUUUCGUUAAAAUAUGAUAUUGCGCGCUUUCUAUCUGUGGAUUGUCGUCGUUACGGAUUGUAUCACAUUCAGGAAUCGCAUGUAGAGAUGUCGGGCAUCGCUCAGGACGACGUCAAUAGUAACGGUCUCCCCCAUAGGCUGACGGUGAUUCGAGGUGAUUUGGAAAACAUUGUGGAAAAGAUUUCACAAUUCUUCAUCGACGAGUGCCCUUCUCUUCGUAACACGCUGGAGAUUCAGUUUGAAAGUGAAGAAGGUACCGGUACGGGGCCGACUCGAGAGUUCUACGCGGAUCUGUCUGAGUUGUAUCGAGGAGCGAAGAAUCUGUGGUAUACGCAAGACGAUGGUACAGCUUUCGGAUUUCCCUCGUGUAAAUCCCUCUUUCUCAACGAUUUUUACGUGUUGGGGGUCGUUUUUUCGAGGUCCUUUGUAGACGGCUUCUCGAUGGAGGUGCCACUGCUGCCACAAGUGUGGUCACUUCUCCGAGCGCGUAGUAACGCGGAAGUUGAUUCCGUGCUGUCAAGCUUGCUGAAAUUCCUUGAACCUACACUGAUGAAUUCGUACGAUUAUCUUCUAAAAGCAACCAAGGAGGAGAUCGAUGUUAUGGAGCUCUGUGAUGAUGAUGAUCAGCGCGUAACAAUCGAAAACGUCCACGCAUACGUCUCUCGGAGAAUAACGCAGCAUUUUGAAGUGGGUCGUGAGAACCUCCACGCGAUGGCGGUCGGGUUACUGAGCUCUGUCGACUUGGACUCCUUUUUGAUUUUAUCCGAUGAGGAGCUCUCUGCGUUGAUGAGCGGUGAUAAUUACGGCAAAGAGGGUGGAAAGUUGUUUACCGAAUCCCAGCUGCGCGCCGUUGUAAGAGAGGCUCACGGCUACUCGGUGGGCGCGAAAGAGGUGGAGAUGUUUAUUUCCAUCAUAGGUGGAGAUUUCGACGGCACCCAACAGCGCUUGUUUCUGGAAUUCCUAACGGGCAGUUCACGUCUUCCGCUGAACGGGUUAGAGGGGUUGGCGCGAAAGAUCCGCGUGGCGAAGAAACCCUUUGAAGACAAAGGAGAGCAGGUGCUGCCAUCGUGCAACACGUGCUUCUUUUAUUUCAAGCUUCCACCGUACUCCAGCAGGGAGGUGAUGCGGGAGCGCCUACUUUUUGCGAUAACCGAAGGACGCAAAAACUUUAGCCUUUCUUAA